AUGUUAGCACUGAGCCUUGAAGGAUUUGAACUAAGAAUAAGUGCAGCCUGCCAUAUACAGCCCCUCCCCUACAUUCUGCCACCUGAUCAUCCUCCCCUUCCAAUAACUCCACCUAUAUUACAGCCCCUCCCUCCCCCUUUCCCCUACUUACACCCUCUCCCUCUUCCCCCUCCGCUACCACCACCACCUCCUCCUUUCCUGCCAUCCUACCACCACCCCUACCUCAUCCAACUCCUCCACUUCCAACACCAGUCCCAUCCGAUGACUCCACCAACAAACCUUCCUUCCUCCUCCUCCUCCUCCUCCUCCUCCUCCUCCUCCUCCUCCUCCUCCUCUCUACUCCCUCUCCCACUGCUUCUCCCUCUAUAA